AUGAUACCUUCCCGGAUUAGCCACAAAUUUCCUCUAUUCUUAAGGAGUUCGCUGGCCGCUCCUAAAGCUGCCUAUCGUUUCAGUUCGACCAUCCCCAAACCAAGCGAUCAGGUACCUGACGUAGAUGCAUUUCUAAACAAGAUCGGUCGAAAUUGCAACGAAUUGAAGGAUACUUUCGAAAAUAACUGGAACAACCUUUUCCAAUGGGAUUCUAAGAUAUUGAAGGAAAAAGGCGUGAAUAUUCAACAAAGGAAAUAUAUACUGAAACAAGUUCAUAACUAUCGUAACAAUAGGCCAAUUCAUGAAAUUAAACUGGGCAAGAAGUCAUUUUUUGGUGGUGAGAGGAAGAGAAAGGCAUUUACUGCUAAAUGGAAAGCUGAAAACAAGCAAUAG